GAAUUUAGCCCAGGAACCCUGAUACCUCCUGAGGUAUUGCAGCAACGAAUCACAGAGCAAAAUAGCGAGCAGUCAUUCGAAGCGCUUCGACUCAAAGUCCAAAAGGCCGAUGAAGAGAGGCGGCGGAAAGAGGAGAUGGAUCGGCUCAUCGCUGAGCGUCAAGGACGUCUGCAGGACCACGGAUAUGACGAUGAGUUGGGAUUCUUGGUUUUUAAACUCCUGUAUGGAGCUACGCGUUGCAUUAUUUCUCUGUACGACGUCAAUCGUGAGGCCAUGAAAGUAACCUUGGUAGAAGCUAAUCAUCUGAGACCACGAGACCCAUUGGGGGUUAUUUUAAACGUCCGAGUCAGCGUGACCCUAGAGAGUGUCCGGGAUCCUUCCAAAAUUAUCAAACCUCAACCGAAGCUGAGCCUGCUCAACAAACUUGCAGCCAACCGAGGCAUCGAGUACCAAGGCAAGGGUGGCUGGAAGUACCCAAGCAAGACCAACACGGUUGACGCGGCCUCCUCGUCAAUUUAUUGGCGCAUACGUAAACCGGUUUGGAACGAGGACUUCAUUUUCGAGAAAAUCAAAAAUCGACAACUAAAGCACUUGGCUGUUGUUUUUACUGUGUACGAGCGUCAAGUGCCAAAGCCCCCGGAGCCACCAAAAGAAGAUUUUAUCGGAGAAGUACGGAUUCCCUUGAUCAAGAUACACAAGAAAUUAGCAACCAACGACGAUCGAUCUGGAGACGCCAGAUCCAUGCCUCAAGUCGCCGAAAAUACAAAUGAAACUGCGGACGAAGGCGAAGACCCAGGCGUGAAUCAACAAGUGGUGGAAAUACCAUUACCAAGUGAAAAUCGUCUCGGAGACAAGGAAGCUGUUAUCCAGUGGCUGGAAACUGUUUCAUCACCAACACCGGGGCAAGAUGAGGAAAUGGAAGAACUGGCAAGUCCCGAAUCCCUCUGCAACAGUGAGGCAGUUCGUGACCAGCUCGGGGACCCCGAAUUGAUGGAUAGUAUCUCGGUCAGAGAACUGCGCAUGGCAAAUGCCGACACAAAUUUGGACACAAUCAAACAACUGGCAAUGCCACCUCCCUCCAAUGACCCCGCACAAGCUGGCGACGCUGACUAUUGGCCUCCAUCCAUAUUAUUACCUCGUACACAGGAAGAAAAUCAAAACCGGACGGAGGAAGACAGCGAACAAGCGGAUUCAGAACCAGACCUGCCGGAAAACGAGAGGCCACGAGUCAUCCGUACUUUAGAGGGUUGGCACUACAUAAACAGCGUCCCGCGACUACGUCCGGUCUACGGAGAAUUGGAAAUUGGACUACUCUACGACCCGUCUCUUGGAAAACUAACGAUAUCUAUUAUCAAGGGCAGAAAAAUGGUUGCUCCAGACGGCACCUUCAUGAAGGUGUGGAUCAGCGUGCAACAAAAAACCAGAAUCUGCAAGAAGAGGACGCCUUUUGUAGCAGUAACCUCGGCCAAGGCAAGCGCAAAAUCAGGAUCCUCUCACAACGAACCCGUGGCAAUUAUUGAGAAGGCAGGAAAGAUUCACAAGACUUCGGUGCGCAUAGACACCGCAGAUCCGGUCUGGGAUGAUCGGUUUCACUUCAAUGUAGCGAAGGAACAGCUCCAGAACGUUUUCUUCGACACACUCGUGUACAACCAAGAUAGUGUGAUUGGCGGUCUUCGACUAGGGCACUUCGCUUGUUACAAGGCUUCGUAUCACUGGAACACUAUGAUCAAACGUCCAGGUGUGUGGGUAGAACAAACUUACAUCCUGCAAUAA